UCUCAGCCCAUCAUGAACUCCCUCCGCAUCGCGCGCGCCGCUCUCCGAGCACGCCCUGCCGCUAUCCGCGUGCCUCUCCAGCGCCGCACCUACGCCGAUGCCGUCCCCGACAAGAUCAAGCUGAGCCUGUCGCUCCCCCACCAGCCCAUCUACAAGUCCCAGGAUGUCGUCCAGGUCAACAUCCCCGCCGAGUCUGGCGAGAUGGGUGUCCUCGCCAACCACGUUCCCUGCAUCGAGCAGCUGAAGCCUGGUCUGAUCGAGGUCAUCGAGGAGAGCGGCGGCAGCAAGCAGUUCUUCCUCUCGGGCGGAUUCGCCACUGUCCAGCCCGGCUCCCUCCUGAGCAUCAACGCCGUCGAAGGCUACCCUCUCGAGGACUUCUCCGCCGAGGCCGUCCGCACCCAGAUCGCCGAGGCCCAGAAGGUCGCCAGCGGCAGCGGAAGCGAGCAGGACAUUGCUGAGGCCAAGAUUGAGCUCGAAGUUCUCGAGAGCCUGCAGGCGAACCUGAAAUAGAGGAGUGUAGGAGGAGCCGUCUAGCAGGAGGCGUUGUACAUCACAGUUACCGAUUCCCUAACCGCCGAAUUGGCAUAUACCUUAGGCAUCGCGUUGCGUAAUUGACCGCUUCUUGCGAUGUUUUAUG